CUUAGGCCGUUUGCACACACACCGACAAAAUCGGUGCCGGUGCCGGUACCGUUUCCUGUGCCGGAAAACAUUUAAUUUCACACAUACCGGCGUUUCCGUGCCGUCAAUUUUAUUCGGUGUUUGGCAGUGGUAAUAGAAAGAUGUAUGUUUCUGCUUCUAAUAAACGUUAUCUCCUUGGGUUAUUGUAUCUCAGGAGGAAGUAUCGAGAAGCUAAAAAAGUAAGACAACAUUGGGUGCAUCCUCUGCUGACUGUCAGAUACUUAGAAGGUAGCUUCUACACGCUUUUUGAGAAACUUAGGAAAGACAACUCGAAAUUCUUCAAUUACUUCAGAAUGAGUAUUGAUACUUUCGAUUUCAUAGUGGAACGAUUAUUAAACAGUAUCAAACAUCAAAAUACUCCAAUGAGAGCAUGUAUCCCUCCAAAGGAAAUGGUCGCAGUAACAAUAAGGUACCUUGCUUCUGGAGCAACAUUUACUGAUAUGCACUACUACUAUAGAAUCGGAAUAAGCACAAUAAGUAAAACUGUUCGUUUGGUAUGCAACUCUUUAUGGAACUUAUUAAAAGACGAAUUUCUCCCGCAGCCUACGGAGGAAACAUGGCAACGUAUAGCAGAUAACUUCAAAAAAUCCGCACAGUUCCCCAAUUGCUUAGGCGCUAUCGACGGAAAACACAUACGAGUUAACAGAUUUCCAUAUAGUGGUUCAAUGAACCUUAACUACAAGGGUUAUUUUUCCAUUAUUCUUAUGGCCGUGGUUGAUUCUGAUUAUAAAUUCAUAUAUGUAGAUAUAUGAGCUUAUGGUAAAGACUGCGACUCAACUGUAUUUCAACAAACAGUAUUUUUUAAAUUAAUGAUGGAAAACAAGUUACAUAUCCCACCACCCUGUCCAUUAGAAGCAACUGGAAAAGAUACUUUUCCUUAUGUGUUUGUAGGGGACGAAGCAUUUGGGCUAUCAGAAAACCUAAUGCGACCUUACGCUGGACAUAAUCUUACUGAGAAAAAAAGAAUAUUCAAUUACCGAUUAACUCGGG